AUGAAUAAACUGUUUAGAAAACGUUCCGCCAAAGUGCGAAAUAUUAUCAACGUUGAAGAAGCGAAGGAUGGCCAAGCAACUGAUGAGGAGACUGGAUAUACAGGAGAGAAACGAUGCGAGACCCCCGUGGGUGAAAACAAAAAUGAGUUUGAAUCCCUAACAGAGACGAGACUCUAUGCCUUACUGAGGCCCCUUAUGAUCUGCCAAAGGUUGGUGGCUAUAUUCUUCAUCAGGAAAUUUAAACGGAACAAAAAUGGCGAGAGAGUAAAUAAGAUAUCAUUGAUGCAAAUAUACCACUUUGUCAUUGCUUCUGUUGUCACGCUGAAUUUUUUACGAUUUGCGGCAGCUUUUGCACAAUUUGAUGGUUUGGGAGAUACUUUCUUUUUCAAGUGUUCCAUUCUUGUUUGGUGGGUAGAGUGCUCUAUCAAAGGAUGGAAUUUGUACUUUGCAUGCUGUAAUGAAGAUAAAUUUCACGCAUUCUUCAUAGAGUGGGAUAAAAAUACUCUUCCAGAAACUCAGGAGAAGUAUGAAAAACCAGCAAAGAAGCUUAUGGAACAUGUGAUUGUAAAUUGUAUUGCCUUUACUGUCCUAAAUGUAGUGGGUGCUAGCUACGCCAUCUAUGGGGCGACCAUAGAGUUACAACGAUACUUUGAUACUGCGCUUGCCCCACUGACAAGUGAAUCACCGGGGGCAGAUUUUUUCAGAGCUGUGAACAUUGUGAUCCACGGUAUCCACUCAAAUUAUGCUCUCUUUCCUGGUGGACUCUACGUAAUGAUAUGUUUUCUGCUUUACCAAGAAUUCAAAUACAUUCAUAAAGAUUUUUGCUCGGCUAUUGGCCAUGAUGGAACAUUUACGGAUGAUUUGGAAGAGUUGAGAAUACGUCAUCAGAAAAUCUGCAAGUUAGUGGAAAGAGCGGAUUCGAUAUAUGGACUCUAUAUUGCCAACGUCUACACAACGAACAUCCCCUUGUUUUGCAUAGUUCUGUACAAUCUCAUUUAUAACGGACUACACAUCUCUCAAAUCUUGCUUAAUUUACUCUGGGCUGGUACGGUGACUUUCCAGACAGCCCUCGUAUCUUAUAUAGGCGCUGUUGUGAACAACGAGGCCCAUGCUCCUCUUGCGGAUAUCUAUAGCAUACGGGUGAAUAACUGCUCCGGAGAGCGACAACUUCAGAUCAACAUGUUCAUGAAUAAGCUUACCGGCACCUCCAUCGGAUUCACCGCCCUUGACAUGUUCAUCAUCAACAAACCAACAAUAUUAACAAUUGUGGGUAUGUUGCUGACCUACUUUGUCUUGAUGGUUCAGUUUCGUAUGCCAACACCAACUGCCAACUGCACAUGUAAUAUGACUGAUCUCUUGACUGCGAUGAACAGUACUGGCCUAUAGAUGUUGAAGAACCUGUUACUGGAAUAGAGCUGUGUUGAAGAAACAGCGAUACAUAUACAUGUAUAUAGUCGUUGUCGAAGGAACACUGACACUGAUAGCUGUUGUCCAAGAAGCACAUAGCGAAUAGCUGUUGUUGAGGGAACACUGACAUUAUAUGUCUGUGUGAUACGUAAAAGCUUAAAUAUAAUAUCUGCAAACACCACUGGCGACAGUUAAAGGCACAUAACAUACAUAA